UCUUAAACCUUGAACAAGUAGCCUACCAAAGGCCGGCCUAAAUCCACCUACCAAACUCUAUUUCAUUCAAAUAACCUAACCCGUUCCCUUGAUAUCAUCUCUCUCUCCCUCUCUCUCUCACUAUUUACCGUCUGUAUUGUCUCUUGGACUGGUAGCCCGCAUCGUUAACCGAUCUGCAUUUGUUUUUAAGCAUACCAACUUCAUCAAUUUUCACCCAGUAGUUUCUUUUGCCCAAGUACACAGCGGAGAUACCAAGAAAAGCAAAUGGGUGUUGAUGGAAAGUUCUUCACUUUGGCUCAAGUCUCUGAGCACAACACCCCCAAGGACUGUUGGCUGAUCAUCAAUGGCAAGGUUUAUGACGUGACCAAGUUUUUGGAGGACCAUCCAGGUGGUGAUGAUGUUUUGUUGUCUGCAACAGGGAAGGAUGCAACUGAUGAUUUUGAGGACGUGGGUCAUAGUGAUAAUGCCAGAGACAUGUUGAAGGACAUGUACAUCGGAGACAUCGAUGCCUCUACUAUCCCCAGCAGUACCACAUAUACUCCUCCGAAGCAGCCUCAUUACAAUCAGGACAAGACUUCUGAAUUUAUCGUCAAACUUCUGCAGUUCCUUGUUCCCAUUGCAAUCUUGGGUUUGGCUUUUGGCAUCCGCCUUUACACCAAGUCAACUUAAGUUGUUCUAUGUUAUGUUAUUGUGACACAUGAUUGUUAGUCGUAUAAUAUUGUGAUAAACGAUUACUACUCGGUUGGUUUGGAAAAUCCAAGACUUCCCUUUCUCGUCUU